UAAGGCGACUUAAUUCCUUAUUACAACUCAUUAACUCUGUGAAUUUUCUGUGAGCUGUUUUUCGAGAUAGUGUUUUGAGAUUUCCCAGUGUUUUUUUUUCUGCGACUACGAUACAGUGUUGGUGUUGUUUUUCGACGACUCCUUUCUCGUGUAUUUUCAUCAUCGUUCCAAGAAGCAUUGCUGUUUAAAAGAUGGCAACAACAGGGCUGCGAGGCUUCUUUCUCUCCAGGUGUGGCGGCCAUGGAGACGAGGCGGCAGCGGGGGCGGCGCCGAAUAUGGACUUUGUAGACAUCCUUCAUCGAAGGUUCGGAAGAAUAGUCCGUUCGCUACACAUACAAUACUUAGUCGACGUUCCCUGGCUCGUUUCGCAAUACCAAAUUGCGAACCAGGACGAACGAAUGACAGUGUUGGCAGGUAAGUAUACAGAGACGUCGUCGUCGAACGUCGACAAGAAAAAAAUCGAUCUUCUAUCGAUCCGCGCGCGGCAUUCCAAAUAUGGUCGCAUCCACCAUGCGAAGAUGACAAUUUUAGAAUACGCGUCGGGAGAAAUGCGCGUCGUUCUGCCAAGCGGAAACCUUUGCCGCAACGAUUGGGACGGUACCGUGAUGCAAAGAACCUGGAUGUCGCCUCUUCUCCCGACGCCCGAAUUAAUAAACUACGACGACGACGACGUCCAUCACGACUCGCAUACCGGAUUUAAGGCGGAUUUGCUUGAUUUUCUUGCGCUCUACAAGCAAGACGGCCUUAAAUCCUGGAUUGUCGAGUUGAAACAGAGAGAUUUUAGAAACCUAGACGACGCUGUAUUAAUACCAUCUUUUCCAGGUAGCCACCGAGGAGAAGAUAUAAGCAAAUUUGGGCUUGGAAAAAUAUCGAAAGCGCUGAAAGAACACGCAACGACGACGACGACGACGACGGCCCUGAAUCCCGCCGCGAUGCAAUGGAACUUGGUAGCUCAAACAUCUUCGAUUGGUUCCCUGGGAGAAACAGCCGACAACUGGCUCUUAAGCGAGUUUCUGUCGGCUUUCUCUGGGGGAGCAGGAGGAGGAGGAUUUGCUGCUACUUCGCUGUCUAUUGUAUACCCGACGAAGGAAGAUCGCGCAGCCAGUUUUGAAGCGGCGGAAAACAACAGAGGAAAAAUCGGCAGUUGCCUGUCCUAUUCCGUAGCCGAGAACAACCGACAACCGUGGCUCUGGGAGCAUUUAUGUCGUUGGAUCAUGAGCUCAAGUGAGCUGACGCGAAUGAUGCCGCACGCGAAGAGCUAUUUUUGCAUCUCGCAAAAUAAUAAGCACUUGCCGUGGUUUCUGCACACGUCGGCGAAUUUGAGUAAGGCUGCGUGGGGAUUUGGCAAAAGGACACUUGCCAUCAAUAAUUACGAAAUUGGAGUGCUUAUCGUUCCUCUUUUGCACGUAAGUAGCACACAAUCCCUCUCACAUUCACAACGAGACUUUUUUAGGUUGAAGGACAUUGUUGGCUGCUUGCCUUUGCGAUUUCCUCUCACAAAAUACGGCUCGGGCGACCGGCCUUUUUUGCGAGAUGGAUUACAGGUAAGUUUCUCUUUAAGAAGCAGCAGCAGCAGCAGCAGCAGGAAAAACGAGCAGCAGCAGGAGCAGCCACAGCCAAGUGGCAGCCGAGAUGAUGUUGAUGAUGAUGAUGGACAUGACCAGGACCAGGACCAGGACCAGGACCAGGACCAGGACCCCCCCCCCGAACGCAACGAAGAAUUUUUUUUGUUUCAGGAAGACGACGACGACGACGACGACUCCGGAUUCCGCCCGUCGGCACUCAUCGAAACCCCGCCGCACCACAAAAACGACGUCGAUUCCAUCUUGGUGUUGUUCGGCAGCCUUUCGGCCGUCGACGUCGGUGACCGACUAACAAUCGACAUGCGCGGCAUCGGGGGAGAACCGACCAAACAGGCGAAGCUCGUAGCCAACAGUUUAUUUGCAGGAAAAUGGCACGAGUUUAAGAUUGGCUGCACAAACGGCAUAUAUUUGUUUUGUAUUUUUCAGAUGAGCGUCGACACGGACCUGACGACGAUUCGGAAGAAAUUCAUUCUACAAGUGCUGCGACCGGCCAUCAAACGUCUGCCUAUCAACAGCGUGACCCGCGCGCACGGCGCCCACCUGCCAGAAAUGCCGUCCCAUAGAAGCAUUUCGAUUUAUAGGAAGGAUUGGCUGACCGUUGCCAAGGCCGUGGACGAAACGAUGCGAGGCAUCGGCAUCGGCGGCAAUGUGUUAAAGUGCCGGAACGUCCGGUACUUUGUCGCUCUGCACGGUCUUAAAAGCUCUUCCUUUCAAACAAUCGAGAAAAUUCUGCGGACCGUCAUUUUGGAGCCGGAGUCCUCCACCUCCUCCUCCUCCUCGGACGUCGAAUCCAUUGAGGUUCACACGGCAACGACGAUAUCCACCGACGACGGCAGCGCGCUCGUCCUGGACCUCCGAAGACUUCGUAGACACGCUGAGCUCAAGGAUUUAUCUACGACCAACCCGUAUUUUUUGACGAGAUACGGACAUUGCUACGGCGAUGUCCGCCUCGCCAAAUUUUGUUAUAUUUUAUACAUUCAGACGUACAACCUUAUUAUACAUUUGAUAAAACUUCGGUCGUACGUCUGCGUCGGAUCAUUUUUAAUUUGUAAUUUUUUUAGGAGAAAUGGACUGAAGAUGCCGACAAUCCUCGAAAAAAUUGGAGUGGAAACGUAUACUUACCUGCGCGCUUUGACGAACGUCAUCGAGGCGAUGCAAAGAGGAGCGCCGCUGAGGAUAGAGGUAGUGGAAAAGUUUAAAAACUUUGCGUCUUUCAAGAAGGCCUACCCGUCCGAAGCCGCAUUCGAGAAAGAGAAACGUCGAUUCUUGGAUUUUCUCGUUGAAGAACGAAUAAUCGUGCGUUUCUCUCCUCGACAAUGGUCGGAGCACGUGGCGCUCACCGGCAUCGAGAUGGACGCGACCCACAUCGAAGCUGCGCUCGAUGAGAUGGAAGCCAGGAGCGACGAGACGACAUUUUCCCGCCUUGAAGAGGCAGCAGCGAGGCAGCAGCAGCAGCAAGGAUUCGACGGCAGCGUGCUGCAAAUCAGGGAGUAUAGGAGAUUAGCCGAGAAGGAAAGCAGAGCCCAGAUCCUGCGAGCCUCUACUCAAGAGGUUCACAAAGGGUUCCCACUCGACACAGGGAGAGUGGACGAAAUUCUCCUUGUUUACGGAGCCGUCCAAAGGGCUCUGAUGUUCACUCACGGCAGUUUCCUGGUCAGACAUAAAAUGGAUUACAAUUGGUUAACAGGUAUGAUUUCAGGGACAGCGAGCUUCAAGAAGGCCUUCGCCUAUCUUCACGAUCGCGAACGGCAACGGCGGCGGCGGCGGCGGCGGAGAGGAGGAGGAGAAGAGGAGGAGGAGGAGGAGGAGGGAGCGGCGGCGGCGGCGACUCCACCGAUUUUUAAACAAUUUCCAGAUGUUGUAUCGCACGCCAACGUAGCAAAGGGCUUUGUCAAAUUUGCAUUGCACGUUCACGUAACAUACCGACCGUACGUGAACCUCAUUUUUGAAUGCAUGCAAGCCUUUGACGAGGCCUGGAGCUCGCGGCGGCGGGACAGGUCUAGCGACCAAGUCCGAACAAUUUUCUGGUUUUUGACAUGCGUUCACGCCACCUACGCCAGCAGGUUCAAGGGCAAACUUUCCAAUCGCGAGGUAGUACUUACCGAGACGGCGCCGUUUUCUCCCUGCUCCUCCUUCAAGAAAGGAUCCGUGAAACACUCCGGGUUCGUAACGGCCAAGGACAUCGUCCAGUCAUUCCUCGAGCCCAAGACGACCUUUGGGAAGCUCGUCCUGUGCGCGAUGCAGCUGCCCUUCACCUGGAGAAAUAAUUCGACCUUUGAAAGUGAACUGGUGAGCUUAGUUCAACUACACUUCCAAGUGUAUCCUCGCUUUCUUGUUACAGGAUCCGAGCUAGAUCGUAAACUACCUCAAUGGCAGACAGUUUUCGAUAGGAGGUCAACUGAAAGCUGGAAAGAGGCGUCCGAAUGCCCGCGCGACCUAAACUCAUCUGCCACAAACAGUGAGCUCCGUCUCGCGGAAUACAGAAGGAAAACCGGGAUAGGUUUUUCAAAGAAAAGGCCGAACACCGCCGCUACGUCUACUGCUACUGCUGCUACUGCUACUGCUGCUGCCGCCACUCCUGCAGCUACGACUGUUCCGGAGAAUACCGGCGGCGGCGGCGGCGGCGGCGGCGCCUUUCAGCAAUGGGAAAUUGACCUUCUCAUGGAGUACGCCCUUCGUCCUAAAACGCUAGAGAGGCAGGUCAAGGGCUUGGACGUUUGGAAGGAUAUGCGGAAGGAGCAACGAUUCGACGAUUUGACCGGUCGCAGGUCCAGCCAAUCGUUGAUGAAUCGCGCUCUCGUCGUGUACCGGGACAGGCAACUCCUUCGAAGAUUCGGCGUCACCGACCCGAAAACUUUUAAAGCCAUUUACAAUUCUUUGAAAAAAGGCCCUAAAGUGUUAUCCAAGGGAGUCGGUCGUAAGCGAUCGCGCGAAGGUGCAGCGACGACAGCAGCUGCAGCAGGUACGUAUGAUGAUGUAUCGCCAUUUGUGCGCGCUUGCCAUGAAACUCCAGUGUCUCCUUUGUUUAUUUCAGAAAUCCCACGAACUAAGAAUCGGCGGCGCAAUCGCAUCGAGUCCGAUAGUGAGAGCGAUAGUAAUGUCGGUGAGGUUCACAUCGUGGAAGCCAUGGUCCACAGGCCAGCCGCGGCGGCGGCGGCAACAGUGGCGGCGGCUGCUUCUCCGCUGAUGUCGCCCAAGCAAAAUCCAAGAUGGAGCGACCAGGAAAUCGACGAGAUUCUCAAAGACCUACUUUUUUUGUUGGAUAAUCCUCCGGAAAAAGUGGUGGGACCCUGGAAGAGUCGAAAUUUUUCGAUAUUCCUGGUCGAUCGUCUGAAGAAUGAACAUCGAAUUCUUCAAUUCGAGGAAGGCCCUAAAGACGACGACGACGACGACGACGACGACGACGACGAGGAGGAUCAUCGAUAAAAGAUAAGUAUAAAUAAUAUAUAAAAUCUCUCACUAGUGAUAAAAAAAUUUUCCCGACUAUCGACUCAAACUCGACUAAAAAGUCGCGUAUUAAAUUCAAACAAUUUUUCGGGAAAAUUUUAAUACUUGUGGUAUUUGGUCCACUUGAUACCUACUAUUGGUAUAACGGUAUACGACUAUAUCUCUCUUUGUUUAGUUUGAGGAUUAGGCCUACUGGGGAAACCUCGUUAAAAAAAACGCGCCACUGACCCUACCUCUGUUGGUGGUGUGGAAAAGGGUGUCAUAUUAAAUUUUUUUAUAGUGUAUAUUUAUACUUGAAAAUUGUCAAAAUAUGAAAAAAUUGUAAAAAAAGAAAACUUGUAAAAAUCGUAUUGAUUUAUUAAUAUCUUCGUAAUCUGCGCAAAAAAUCACGUAAAAUGAGUACCAACAUCGCUAUGUUUAGACAACAAACAAAAAAGUUAAGGUUGGGUUGGGUUAGGUUACUAUUAUUUUUUUUAUUUUAAUGUAAAUCGUAUUUUUAUUAAUACCUUCUUAAUCUACGCAAAAAAUCACGUAAAAUGAGUACCAACAACGCUAUGUUUAGAGAACAAACAAAAAAGUUGAACAUGAACAUCGCAAAACUUAAACGUGCAAAACUACCCUUAAACGUAUGAGGAACAUAGGCUUGUGGGGUAUCAAACAAAUGGAUUCGGCACGUUCUACAACAUGCACAACAAAAAAUGUUAUUAUUUGGCAUUUCAAAAUUAUUUUUUUUAUUUUAAUGUAAAUCGUAUUUUUAUUAGUACCUUCUUAAUCUACGCAAAAAAUCACGUAAAAUGAGUACCAACAUCGCUAUGUUUAGACAACAAACAAAAAAGUUAGGGUUGGGUUGGGUUAGGUUAUUAUUAUUUUUUUUAUUUUAAUGUAAAUCGUAUUUUUAUUAAUACCUUCUUAAUCUACGCAAAAAAUCACGUUAAAUGAGUACCAACAUCGCUAUGUUUAGACAACAAACAAAAAAGUUAGGGUUGGGUUGCAACCUAACCUAACCUAACCCCCUCAGGAAAUGUCCUGAAACGCCCAAAAAUGCAAAAAAAAAAUUGUGAAAAAUUCAAGGAAAAAAAAACUUGUAAAAAAAUUUAAAAAAAACAAUUAUUUUCAAAACAAAUUCCGCAAAAGUCAAAAAUGCAACUAUAUACGAUAUUUUACAAAGAGAACAAAGUAGUAAACGACAGGCAAGGCUAUCGCUUUGUGCAAUAAAAAGUUUUAGAUUUCAGACCGUAAAAAAACAAGGUCGA